AUGAAUGAUAUUGAAAUUAUAAAAGGUUAAGAUAUUUUGAAAUUUGCUUAAGAAAUGAAAAAAGUAAAUGUGAAUGCUUUGCUGUGGUUGGCUAGAUAAGAAUAGAUUUUAUUAUCAGAUCAUUAAUUGGAAGAAAUAAGAAAGAUUGAAUCUAAUCAUGUCUUAUGUCCUAAAUAAGAUGAGAAUAGAGCAAAAGAUAACCAAAGUUAAAAAGAAAAUAUUUAUAGAUUUUUAUCGGAUGUAAUGGAUACUGUCAAAUAUGAAGUAGCAAUCGUGAUGAAAUUGUAAUUAACCUCAAAAAUGUGCUAAGAGGAAAUCAGUAAAUUGAAUUAUCAGAAUAUUAAAAAAGAAGAUGAUAAUUACAUCAUUAAAAGUAAAAUAACAUGGUAAUAACAAUUAAUAAAAAAUAUUUACUCCCAGAUUUACAGAAGAUGUUUGAGAAUAAUAUUGGGAUUUCUAAGAAUGUUUUUUUAGGAGAACUCUCAAAUAGGAGAAAUAGGAUUAGUGAAUAAUUUAAUGAAGCUAAGAAGGAAAUCAUGAAUAAUUUGAAAGAUUCAGAAAAAGAUAAAAUUUAUCAGUCCUUUUUACAGAAAAUAUCUUUAAAGGAUUACAAGAAGAUAUGGAAGGCCAAUUUAAGAGUACUCAAUGUAUAUGAAGCUUUAUAGAAUUUGUAAUAAUAGAAGAAAGAGAAAUUGUCAAAAAGAUGGUUUAAAUUCUCAGGAAUAAAGUAUGAAAAGCCAAUGAAGAAGUUAUUAGACAUUCAACAAAAAGAGCUUUCCAAUGAUUCCCCAAUUCUGAUUUAGAUGGCCCAAAAUAAAAAAUUAUGA